AUCAUAUGGUCUUCCGGUUUAUAAUUUAUCACAAGAUUUCCGGCUUCUAACAAAAAGAAAUAACUCUCACAAGAAUUUGGAGCUGUGUUAUUAAAACUGAUUUGUAAAAAUGUUCAUGCUUAUGCAACUAUUUAUCUUUAUCUUAACCCUCUAUCAUGCCCGUGCAAGUGAGCUUACAGUACCAGUUUUAAUGUGGUCACCAGAAAGGUAAGUGAAGAAAUAGUUUGUCUUCAGUCAUCACCAAGUUUUAAUUAUUAAUUGCUACUUUACUACUACUUAGACUACUACUUUACUCUGUACUCAUCACUCUUCGUUCAGACCUUAUUUGACUUUAAUUCUUUGAAUCUUUAUUCUUUAUCAUCAUUUAGGUACUUUGACAGAAACGUUUAUUUUUUCCUAUGUCCAGACCUUUUUACCCCUCUAGGUACUUGAAUACAAAAUUUUAAAAUUGAAAUAAUUUUUUUAAUAAAAACUUAAUUAGAGCAAAUUUCAAAUAAAAAGAUUAAACCAGAAUCACCUUUUUAGCAUAAGUACUUUUUUUUUUUUAAAGUGUGAGUUUGUUUGGGUAUUUUUUUUACUAUGGACGAAACCUCCACAUCUUGUGACCUCAUUCCGGUGCUCGCGUCAUGCGCAAUGACUAUAUACUUUAUAUAAGGCAACGCAUCGCCUUAUCACUAAAAUACUGUUUAGGGUCGACUUAGUUUAAACUUUUAACUUUGGCACAUGAAUAAUUAAUUAAAGCUUUCCCUGACCAAUGGUAUAGUAGUUUUUGCACACGGCAAACUCUUAUGAAUGAAACUCUGAGGUAGUACUACGAUACAGCCAUAAUGCAAGUGGCUGUGAAUGGUUGCCAAUGACAACGUGUUGCACACGGUAAAUUCUGAUCAUUUAUAAUAUGGAUUCUACCGGGUUUUUAAAGCUCAAAUUAAAACAUUCCAGUUUUAAUGUCUUCAAAAUGCAUUCUGAAACACAAGUUAUCAAAUAUUUUGAUGUAAAUAGUGGUAAUAAAUUAAUAUUUCCUAAGUAUCGGCAACUUCCGCCAUUAAAAAUGGGGGCGUGGCCCACCCCAUGGCGAAAUUAGGUUGAGCGAACUGCAUGACCUGCUGCGAACGCGUAGAAACAUGGAGUCUCUCGUAAGACACUUAUCGCUGUGAAAAUUAGCAUACAUGUAGAUCAAUACAUUCCCCAGAUGCAAAAAAAAAUUUGGUAAUGACUAAAAAUGUACUGGUCAUGGGACAUGGACUGCACCAAAUUUUGUGACCCUAUUUUUAGAUAUCACAUUGCUCACUCUCACACAAUACAUACGGUCUGAGCAAAUUGAAAAAAGGACGCAAAAACUUGAGUGAUCAUCUCACAUUCGCUUCUACUUGGAACAAGGAUUUAUGCGUUUUGCGUUGAUGUUCUAAUGUUAAAUUAGUUUUGUAAUGGAUAAUGUAAAAUAUAUCUCUUACAGUGAAGCGCAUACAAUUUUCCCAUGAGGUGAACAUCUCUUUUUUUUGUUAUGUCACUUUGACCAUUUGAAAAAAUGCUUAAAUGCUCAUUUAUUACUGAUUACAUUACAAUGGAACGUAAAGAAAGCUCUUUAGCAUCUAAAUUUGAUGGGGAAUAAAUUUGAAAUAGUCAUUUUCCCUUUCAGAUUGUCAUCUCCCUCCCUUCAAAGGAGGGAAAAAAAUAAAUUUUGCCCCUUUUUUUGGUAAUCGUCACAGCAAACAAAAUUCGAUCGCAAUAACAAUCAAUAAGUUUUAAUUUUCUGUAAUCUUUAAAUAUCUGAAUACAUCUAGGUAAAUUGUAAUUUUAGAAUACAUAAAUUGAAUAUAUUAAAAAAAAAUUAAUUUAAGUUUGCUUCCACCUAUAUUUCUAGACCUACAACUACAAUAUUUAACUAUAAUUUAUAGGCCUAAUCAUAGCUAUUAAGUUUAAGUUAAAAUUUAAGUGCUGAACUGCUGAACUAUAACUAAUAAUAAUAAAGUAAUACUAAUAUACUACUAAUACUAUUUUAUUACAACAGAAGGCCUUAUUUAAAUUUAAAUUAGUAUUUUUAAAUUUAAUAAUGUGUUUAAUUAAUAAUUAGAUAUUUUUUCUAGGUUGAUUCUGAUACAAGAAAAAUCUUUAAUUCUCUAUUGAGGAACUUAGUGGAAUUUCUUCCAUUGGUCCACAUUUAGACAUGUUUGGAUGUAGAUGGCAAAGACAAAGUUUAUGUGGGAUUCAUUAAAUAAGACCAAGAAGUAUGUAGAGCAGUCUGAAUAGAAAAUGACAAGCGGAACAUUCCAGUUACCCUCUAAUUUUUUUGUUCACAUUUUUCAUAACAUACCCUCAAAUAAAAUUAUCCACAAUACAAAGUCCUGAUGUUAUAUACAAGUAUUGUUGUUCAUUGUGUUGUAUAUUGCAUUUCCAGUGUCUCCUGAAAGCAGAUAUUUGGAAAGUCGGUCACAAGUUUUCACAGCAAAGAUAAAUAAGGGGGUAUAAAAAUUAAAAAAAAAACCACCAAAAAAAUCAUUACUUUAUUUCUAUAAAAGAUAGAAAUAUUAAAUUGGUGUUUUUGAAAAGCUUAUAGCUAGCCCUUUAAAAUGAUGUUGAUUUAUGGCAAUAGGCCAAUAUUUACAAAUUCCUGUCAAAGUACCUACUAUUUUUGGACCUUGUUGCUAUUUCAUUGAUGAAAGGAAUAUUUUGUCAUAAAAUUAUGGUAUUCAUCUACAAAAAUUAGUGCUGAGUGCUAAAUUGAGCAAACAACUUUAUUGUAUCUCUGUUAUCUUUUAUGCAAAAAAAGAAACUGAUGACCUGUGAUAACCUCCUUGCCUCGUAUAAUUUCAAGAGUGUUUUUUUUUAAAACUGCUCAAUGCAAUUAUAGACAUUUAUUAGAAUUACGUUAAGUUUAUAAUGUUAUAAAUACCCUGUUGUCUGCAAAACGGAGAAACAGAAAGUGUCAAUUGUAUUGUACAUGGCCACAAUAAUGGAAUGAGCCAUUGAAAAUGUUCUAAAUUUUUCUACCAUUGAAUUUAUUAAUGUAGAAAUUUUUUUAUUUUAAAUGAGUGAAUUGGAGUAGAUUAUCGGCCUUUGAACCUAAUAAUAAUAUAAAACAACUAUUAUUUUGUACCUUUUUCACUUUGGGGUGUCCAGUGAAGUUCUGAGAAGAGCCUAAAAUAUGUGAAUAGUUGGUGAAAAAGAUUUCAGAGCACAGUACCUUACUAAGUUUUGGGUAGAGCUUUUAUUUUUUUGUUGUAUGCUAGUUCAUUUGUUCUUUAUUAAUGUACUGCACCCCUACAUUUUGGGACCUAGUUCUAUUGUUUUCAUCAGUGGUUUUACCUAUUAAAAACCUAUAAACAUACAGUAUAAUGCAUUAGUUACUGGCUUCAUGUUUCAAACCUCACUGAACAUUUCCGAAAAUAGAUGUCUCCCACUUGGAAAGAAAUAGAUGGUCACCUUGUUUCAGCAUGGAUGUAUAAUACGUAACUAUAAGUAUCAAUUAACAUGUUUGUGUAAGUGCAGACCACAUUUCAACUGCUGCUACAAUCUUAAAAAUUAUGACAAUCUCAAAUUGUUAGUGUGAAACUGUUAGGAUUGUAUCAUAAGAACAGGAUUGUAUUGUACAAACGCAAACUUGUGACCCAAUCUAGUGCACAGCUUGAGGACUUAUGGUGACUUGGGAUCAUUACUUUUUUGGAGAACAUAUUUUUUUAUAAUUGAAUCAAUGUACCUAGAGAAAAUUAUUAAAAUCUCCAUAAGUCUACCACUCCGCACUUUAAAUUAUUUUUUUUCUGACGGCAUGAAACUUACAAUUACUAAUGCCACAUAAAAUAAAAAUAAUUUCAACAUUUUUGCAUGUUGGGGGAGAAAGAGUUGUAUGUAAUGCAAAGGCAAUAGAAAAUAUAUAUGAAAAAAUAAUGGAAGUGUUUAAGUAAAGUAUGCUUAAGAGAAAAAUGCAACAAAAAAUUAUAAUAGUCCAAACAUUUUUUGAUUGGAAAGAAUUUAGUAGUUGAUAGCACAAAAAUGUAUAGUCAAAAGUUAGUGAGGAAACAUGUGAAAAUACAUCACAUUUUUAAUAGCAGUUGUGGCAAUAAUGGAUUGCAGGGAGGGGAAAAAACAAAUUAAUGGGAUUAAAAACACUUUGAAUUGAAUUGAAUAUUUAUAUAGCACUUCGUGACUUGCAUCCAUGCUACUUUAGCAUGCUCACAGCUCUCUAAUGUUCUUAAUUCUAUUUAAAUAAAAAAAGUCUUUAAAUGUUUCUUAAAUGAUUUUUUAUCAUUUUUAAUGUCCCUCAAAGUUUGAUACAUAUUUUAGUGACCACACAAAUCAAAACACUUUAAAGCAGGCAUAUAGAUUUUUGUGUCAGGUUUACGGGGAAAGCAUCCUAAGAAAUUAAACUUUCACUGGCAAAAACUAGGUUUAAGUAUUAAAUUUAAAUAAGCGUUUAAAGACUUUUCUACUGCAUUUAGUUUGUUGUUUUUUUGUUUUUUCCCUCAAGUUUUCAACUUAAGAUUAUUUAAUACAAAAUGUUAAUUCUAAACCACAUUAGAUUAUUUUUAAAAGCUAUUUAAAUAUUGUGUGCUAAAAUUAAGAUAUUUAUUAUUUUGUGUUUGAGCUCAGUAAUUAACAAGAUUAUUUAAUCCAUUUUUAUUUUAUCUUGCAUAUCAAUUGAAUUUAAUUAGUGAACGCAUAAUCUACAAACAUAUUUAAAAAGGAACUGUUCUUUUUUUUACAUAUUCAGGUCGCUGAGCCACCUGCCUGAAGUAAGGGCACAUGAAGCGCUGAAAAGUGAUGACUUUCUGAACACAUAUCUUGAUCCUUUAAUGAAGACUCCCACAGAGAGUGCAGUGAUUUUUCUUCAAAAUAAGGUAUUCAUCACUUUUCUGUAUUCAAUCAAAGAUAAAUGGCAAAUAAUUCUAAAAAAUUAAUCUUACACUUUUUAUGUUAAAUUCUUUGUGCUGAUUAAAAAAUUUUAACAAGAUAUCAAUAUUUAGUAUUGUAUAUGAAAUUAUAUAUUUCUUUAAUUUGGAAAUAAAUUGUAAACACUUGACACCAAAUCAGAAGCAAAACAUUCAAGACCCUAAUUUAUCCUUGACUAAAAAUAUUUAAUUUGUUUUCUUUAUGAACAGCUUCAUGUUGAUGAUUUUACUAAAUUUGCUGAUGUAUAUUCUCUUAAAAGUGAUGGAGGUUCCUUCAAGAAUAUUAAGGUAUGAUUUUGAUUGAACCUAAUUGUUUCAUAUAUUCAUACCUUAUUGUUAAGUCCUUCUUAGAAAUAUUUUUGUGCAUUUUUAAAAUAAUGACUUGAGUUCUUAAAUUGAAUGUUUCAGUCAUUGCAAGUGAACAUAAAGAGUACUGGUUAUUUAGUAUGUCUAUUUAAUAUAUCAAUUUAUUUGUUUAAUUAAUUUUUUUCAGCACCUAAUGGACAAUCAUUUUUCCCUGGAAUUUCCAAAAGUGGUGGAUCCAAAUCUGGUUCUUAAAAAGUUAAAAUCUUUUUACAAGGAUGUUUAUACAGCAAACUCAGUUGAAGAUGUAGAAAACCUUGACCUCAACACCCAAAACCCUUUCCUUCUAAUUAUUCAUUUAAAACCAAUACAUGAUGAGGAGCAGGAAACUUCUAUUGCAAAAAAUGGUAAAAUAUAUUCAGGAUGAUUUAUUUAUUAAAUUAUUUUUCCAAUAACUUGGCAGAUCAAUUAUAACAAAAGUUCUUAAAAAUGUUUUUUUUUAGUGUUGUAGUAAUCUCAAUUUUACAUUUCAUUUCCUGAAUCUAGAUGAAACAAUUGGUGCUGUUUCCGCUUAUCUUCAAGAAAGGAACAUCAAAUACACAGCUUUGUUCACUGGAGAAUCAGCUGGCGAUGCCAUGGUAAGCCAGCUAAUUGUUGGAAUUAGCGACCAUUUCUUGAUAAUCUUCUGAAUCAAAUGUAAUAUUGUUUGUCCUGUCAGCAUGUUGAGGGCUCAUUUGAGUGUCAAAAAAUCAAUUGUUUCACUAUUAUGCAAUUAGGAUUUGUUUACAGUUUUCUAGAAGGUAAAUUCAAAGCAGUGUCAUUUGAGCACACAACCAAGAAGGAUGUCAGUUUUACAUGAUAAUGUAUAGCCUCUUUCAGUUACAAUACUAUAACACUUUGCAAUCCUCUCAAAUUAAGUUCUGGUUUAUUUUUCUAUGCAUUUCAUCACUGCCUAAACUUUGCACUAGACAACACUUUUUUUUACAGUUAGCUGUUAUCUCAGAUAUUCAUCAUUGCGAACUCUGCUUUUGGCCUUGCUUUUAUUGUUAAUUACUUUUUUUUCCCGUGCAUGCUUGUUUAAAAUAAUGGAUUUGACUUCUUAAAUUGACAGGUUUCCUAUAUUGCAGUACUGCAUUGAUUUAUCCCUGUUAUUGUCCCACAGUUGAUAUUUCCUGAAUCUCUCUCUGCAGGCAGACACUAUUGUGUCAUACAACAAUAGGCAUCUGCUGGAGGUUUCGGCAGAACCAUCAAAUGUCAAUGGCACUUUUAUGAAUGUCUCACGGAGCGAUGGAGGCCUAAUGUAUGUAUUUAUGCGAGAAGGCCAGCUUUGCGUGAAAAAUUCAACCACUUUGAGCGGUCCCACGUGUAGUUUGAAUUUAACCCUAAGCCCAACUGAAACAACGGCAUCUGAGUCAUAUGGGGGUAACGAUACAGCUACGUAAGUCUCUCAUUUUAUACAUUACAACCAACCACAUGCAACUAAUUUUUUUUUUUUUUAAUAUAUUUUUUGACAGAUGGCAAAAUAUUUUAAUAAAACAUAUAAUUAGUUUUUAUAUAAUAUGGUGGGGGGGAAAGUUCCACUGGCAAAGCUGAACUUUUUUAUUAGUAUUUUCCAGAGUGGAAUUUUAAUAUAAUAUAUGCAUGUGUAUGCAACUUGGUGAUCAUUUUGAAAGAUGUUUUUUUUUUUUUUCAGUGUCAUAUUAUUAUUUGCAAACGUAACUUCUGGUGAUGACAUCUAUGAUGUGAGAAUUAUGUAAGUAAAAUAAAAAUAUUUAUUAUUAUAACAUAUUUUAACAUUGUUUACAUAAAGCAAUGAAAUUGGAAGACUGUUUUUAUUUCUGUUUAUAAAAUUGUUUGGUUUUUUUGUAUUGUUAAUACCUUUCUUUUAAAUUUUUGUGUUUCUGAAUAUCAUUGAUAGUAUCUGUAUUCUUAGGACAAGUGGUUUAGAUUCAUUUAGCCUAUAUUUAACCCAGACCCCAUAGCUGUGGAUAACCCUGGUAGGUUAUGUGGCAGUUAUGCCCCCAGUACACCAUAACGUCAGUCAUUCUUUUUUUUUUUUUUUUUUUUUUUUUUUUUUUUUUUUUUUUUUUUUUUUUUUUUAUUUUUUUUUUUAUUUUUUUUUUUUUUUUUUUUUUUUUUUUUUUUUUUUUUUUUUUUUUUUUUUUUUUUUUUUUUUUUUUUUUUUUUUUUUUUUUUUUUUUUUUUUUUUUUUUUUUUUUUUUUUUUUUUUUUUUAUAUUUAUACCUUUGAAAGUAAUUUGUUUAAAUUUCAGCAUGGAUGUAGUGAAUUUUCCAGAUCGUUGGGUUAUGACAUCUGUGACAUUGAAUCUGACAGCUUUGAAUCGUCAUGACAUGAAUACCUCACUGGAAAAUGCCACAUUGAAUCGUGACACAUUGGACUUGACUGUGCCUUUCCCUUAUUCCUUUCACUGCACAGAAUUGACCAUGUAUGUUGAUGAAGUGCGUCAGAAAGACCUUAAAGAAUAUAAAGGCACCUUUAUAACGUUAAGCAGCUUCCAGGUUUGUUGUUUAAAAAUUGAUGAUGUAGCUUCUUUUUUUUUAUAUAUGAAUAAAUAAAAUCUUCUUCUUUCCCUUAAAAUCUUAAAAUUAUUUUCUGAUGUGACAUUUACAAAUUUAUGUUUUGCUUUGAAUUAUAUUUUUUUUAAAGCUAAUAAAUGCUGAUAAAAGAAAUUUUACCCUUUAGAAUAUUUGAUUCUUUACAAUAAUUUUAUUAACACUAUAUUGCUGGCACAGUGCGUUGACCUCCUUGCUUGGUUGUAAGGAUUAGAAUUUAUAGGAUAUUAUUGAAGGAUUAACAUAUCAAACUUUGUACCUUAAAAACUUUUAUAAAUCUCAUGUUUUCCCUUCACCUCUCAUGCAUGAUUUCCCCAUGGUAUUCUCUUUUCUUUUUUUCUUUUGUGGAUAUUAUAGAAGCAUUUAUUGUUACUCUCCAGAUCCAGCCGUUCAACGUCCCAGGUGAUUACUUCUUUCAUCCCCAAGACUGUGUCCCCUAUUUCACCACUGGAAUAUGGAUGGCCCUCUUUUCAUCAGCAUUUCUGCUAGCUAUUCUUUUCUUUGGGACUAUAAUGGUUCUCAAUCUUUCCAUCAUGGAUCGCUAUGAUGAUCCUAAAGGAAAAACUAUAGUUGUAAACCAGGGUGCUGAGUAGAUGUCAAGAGCUGCAGUGGGAGGAUACUUUGGAGAACUGUGCUUUACUGGGUGUAUUUGACAUGGACUAAUUACAAAACAAAGAUCUAACGAUGAUUUUUAACAAUUUCUCCUAUUCAAAUGGGAAAUCCUGAUAAUUUAACUUGAUAAAUAUUUUGUUUUUGUACCAAUACAUUUUUCUAGGUUUUUCUGUAUAUGAUAUGAUUACUAGCAUUCAAGAAAUGUUAUAAUGUCUAAUCCAUGUAGGUUUUUCAACACUUGUAACUUUGAUUCUGUAUUAUCUCAUUCUCACUUGAUGCAACCAAAUGUGUCUCUCAUUGUUAUUCCAUACAAACAGUGACAACAUGUAUCCCCCCAAAAACUCUGUGAUGGUGCUAUUAUAAUGAAGAGGGUCUGAAGUUUUUAUAUUGUUUUCUUUCUAAUCAAAUAAUGUGUUAGUUUGGCUCAUCUUACAUCAAACACAUGUUGGUCCAAGGUAUAAAGAAGUUCUUUUCCUUUUUUUUUUUUUUUUUUUUUU